AUGGGAUAUUCUGUCCGCUGGAGUUGGUUUGCUGCACUUUCGUGUCUCCUCUCUAUGGGAGGUGAAGUUCGGUGUGCUUGUACGGAGGCCAAUAUGCAAAUUGAGGGAGGUCAUUACAAAUUGACCAAGAAGCUGGAAACGGGCAGCCUGCUGAUCUACGAGUGUCCUGAGGGUUACUACCCAUUUCCGGCUUUGACCCGCCUGUGCCAGCCUAACGGCAGCUGGAGACCAGCGCCCAAGAGAUUUGCCCCUCAGAGAUGCAGGAUCGCCGAAUGCCCAGACCCCAAUGUGCUGGAGCAUGGAAACGUCUCCCCUCCUCAGGACAAGUACUUUGUGGACAAUGAGACCUCAUAUGAGUGCUACUCUGGAUACACAAUGCGAGGCUCGUCCACACGUGUUUGCUUACCCAACGGGAAGUGGAGCGGCUCCACUCCCAUCUGUAGCCGUGACACAGGGGAUAAUUGCGCUGAUCCUGGUGUGCCCCCUGGCGCCUCAAGAACAGGGAACAUGUUUGGAAUUGGCGACACAGUGAAAUACAGCUGCAACGGCAACCUGUUCUUGGUGGGGUCCAGUGAAAGAGUGUGUCAGGAGAACGGCCAGUGGACCGGCAAAGAGCCAGCAUGCUACUACAAACACACCUAUGACACUCCACUGGAGGUUUCAGAGGCGUUUGGCAGCGCAAUCAAAGACAGCCUCACCACCUUAGAGCCAGUUGAGGAGGGGAGAAAAAUCAGGAUUUCAAAAAAUGGGAUGCUUAACAUCUAUAUCGCAGUGGAUAUUUCUGAGAGCAUCGAGGAGAGGCACAUAAAUGAUGCGAGGGAUGCUGUCACAAAACUUAUAACAAAGAUUUCAUCCUUUUCCUUGACUCCAAACUAUGAAAUCAUCUUUUUCUCCUGUGAAAUAUUUGAAGUUGUCAACAUCUUCGAUUUUGUUAAUGGCAGAAUACAACUAAACACCAUCAAGGACGAAUUGAACAACUUUCAAAUAGAUGGCAAAAGAACUCCUGGAACAGACCUGAACAUCGUCUUUCAGGCCUUCUUGGAGCGAAUGGUUGUGAUAAAGCGCCUUGUUCGAGAGGAGGCUUUUAAGGAACAUCGUCACAUCCUCAUGGUUUUUACAGAUGGCGCUUACAGUAAAGGAGGUUCACCUGCACACACCGUGGCCAAAAUAAAGAACCUGGUAUACAUGAACCACACCAGUGAGGGGGGGACUCAGUCAAGAGAAGAAUAUCUUGACAUUUAUAUUUUUGGCAUUGGAGCCGAGAUCUAUGAUGAUGACCUGCUGCCUCUUACAGUGGGGACCGAUGGCCAGCAUUACUUCAGAAUGAGGCACAUUGAAAAUUUACAAGAAACCCUUGAUGACAUAAUUGAUGAAGAGGAAGUUAGGGGUCUAUGUGGUCUUCAUAAGGAGUAUGAGACAGCCAGCAGAGACAGCAAGAGGAAAAUGUAUCCAUGGAUGGCAUUCAUUACUGUCCAGAGCUACCAAACGUCAAAGAAAUGCAUCGGCUCUCUGGUGACCCCUCAGUUUAUCUUGACUGCCGCUCACUGCUUUGCAUUUGGAGAUUUACCGGAGCACAUCACGGUUGAGAUUGAUGAUGGACAGGGCAAAGUGAAAAGAGUUAAAACUUUAAAUAUACACCCGCACUACAAUGUUAAUGCUAAAGCAAAUGACGGUGUGAAAGAGUUCUACGACUACGAUGUGGCUCUCAUCCAACUGCAGGAAGAUGUUCAAAUCUCCAGCGCUGUCAGACCCAUUUGCAUACCUUGUACCCAGGAGACCAGUGAUGCUCUGAAACUGGUUGGCCAUUCCACCUGCAAGCAGCAAGAGCAGCUUCUGUUCAAGAAUCAUCUUGAAAAACUGUCUUUCCUGACCAGAGCAGUGAACGUGGUCUAUGAAAAAGACGUCCACGCAAAGCUUGGUGAUAAUAGAGAUGACUGCAUCAAACACGCACUACAGGCAGCAGGCAUAACAACAAACAAUCCAAAGGAUGCUGUGACUGAUAACUUCCUUUGUACUGGUGGUCAGACUCCUUUCAGAGAUCAUAUAGCAUGUACAGGUGAUGCUGGGGGCGCUGUGUUCAAGAACUACGAGCAUCGCACGAUACAGGUUGCAUUGGUCAGCUGGGGAACUAAGAAUAAGUGCAAGGCGGGCGGUCUCGUCGAGUCAGAUGACACCUCCAGAGAUUUCCAUAUUAAUCUUUUUAGAGUUGUCCCUUUUCUCAAAUCUAUCCUUGGAAAUGAAAACCAGGAUGACUAUGCACCACUUGUCUUUUUGGAGAGCUAA